CGUUCGGUUGGUAGGGCUAAAAUGGGCACAGACCAAACAGCCCCGAAAUGCCCGUGACAUACUUUCCCUGCUCGUGUGAUUUCCAAAUCCUUAAUCCAAUCCCGUGUUGGCUCGUCCUGCCGGUGCGCGCUUGAUUUCUGCAGUGCCCAGCGCUCCAGGUUGUUUAGAUCGGCGGCCUGCAGCGGCGACAGCGGAGGCGGCGCGAGGGCUGGAUCCAUGCCGAGAGCGAGGCUCCUCACGCCGCCGUUCCCCACGAGGACGCAGGCCACGGCCAGGGUGUUCAUGGUCUCCAGCUUUGCCACUGAGUUGCUCGAGAUAAGAUCCAGAGAGCCCAAGCCAUCCCUUCACGUGCUGGUCAUCCCCGGCAAUCCAGGUAUUGUUGGAUUCUAUAAGGAUUUUGUCGAAGAGCUGUACGAAAACAUCGGUGGGCAGGCAUCAAUUACAGCGAUAGGGCAUAUUUCACAUGGCCGGAAGGAUUAUGAGAAUGGACGAUUGUUUUCAUUGCAUGACCAAAUUGAUCACAAGGUUGAUUUUAUUGAGCAAGAACUUCUACAUACUGAACAAUCAAUAAUUUUGGUGGGUCAUUCCAUUGGUGCAUACAUAGGUUUGGAAAUAUUCAAAAGACUGCAGAAGAAGGUAAAAUGUUUUGUAGGAUUAUAUCCAUUUUUGACAUUGAACAAGAAUUCGAUGCAGCAAUCAGCAAUUGGAUAUAUUGCAAGGUCAUCUCUCCUUAGCAAAGGGGUUAGUUUGUUUGCAUCUUUUAUCGGCUCACUCCAAGCUUCAGUUAGAAGGAGCAUUGUGAGAAGGUUCCUUGGAUCUUCUUGGUCUGCAGCGGCCGUAGAUGCUGGAUCCAGCCACCUCUUGCAGUACCAUACAAUGUGUAAUGUCCUUUUCAUGGCAAAGACAGAGUUCCUAAAGACUGGUCUUCUUCCUAUUUCACCUGUGUACAAGUCAGUUCCUGAUCAUGUUAGUGCACUUCAGCUUCAUGAGGAACUGGACUGGUGUUUCAUCAGAGCAGAACAGGACCAAAUUGCUUUUCUGUUUGGUGAUGACGACCACUGGGGUCCAUUGGCUCACUUGGAAGAGAUCUCAAAGCAUGCUCCAGGUGCAGCCUUGUCGGUCGAAACAGAAGGUCACACGCACGGCUAUUGUUGCACGGAGGCUGGAUCCUUUUGGGUUGCUGACUACGUGGCAGACUUGAUUAAAACCAAGUGCUGACCAGAAAUACCUGGUGAUCCGAAUGAAUGAAUGAAUGAAUGAAUGAAUGAACAAGGAGUGUGAUUAGUUUGAUGAGGAAGAGGUCCACGGUGCCAUUUUCGAGUUUUUUCAGGCUAGUCUUGCGUAAUUCUGAAGUGCCACGCUAAUAGCACAAGGCACUAUGUUAGUACAGUCAGGACUCAGGAGAUUCAUCAGAGCAAACAUGGUGUUUAUGACCUUCAAUAGUUUAAUUAGUCGGAACAAAGUGGUCAUAUGGGUUGGGAUCUACGACGGUCCUUAAUAUUCAUCUUGAUUGUUAAUUCGUCCCA